UUCCGUCGGUAUUUGAACGUCAUGCGUCCCGACGCGUCGCUUCUCCACGUCUCUAUCAAUGGACGGUGGAUGGUCUCAUAUUGAUACUGGUCCAGUCGACGAUAAACUCGACGGGAAGUUCACGGCAUGACAAAAACUUACCCGGAAAAAAACUCAACUGUGAAACUUUUUUAGUGUUUUAUCAGUCAAUGACGGUUUAACAGGGUGGAAAUUCUGAUCCGGGGGAAAAUUUCUGCUGUUCUUCUUUUUUCUUUUUUUUUUAUUUGUGGGUGAUUGCGGUCGUGUUGGUUAGGAUUUCAUUGUGGUUUUUUCACGAUUAAAGGUCAUAUCCGUACCUAGUUGAAUUGAGUUGGCUAGAUAGCGGGUUCAUGGCAAGGCAGAAACAAAGUGGACUUAAGGAAUAUCCCUGGAAUAUAGCCCUACGAAUAGGAAUCAUAUUAGUUCCAAUGCAGUUACCAUUGAAACCUGAAGUUUUAUUGAUGCCAUAGCGAAUUCUAAAAAGGAAAUUAUGUGAUUAUCUAUUUUGUACAAUUUAAGUACAUUAAUAAGCCAUUUUUAUAGAACUGCAUCAAAAGCUUUUCGGUAUCGGUUGUUAAAUGCCUGAUUCCAAACUACGGAGUCGAUAAUUAGCUGUUUUUUACACCUCAUGGCACCUCUGGUACAUCGUGUUUGUUGAGUCGUUAUGAUACUAUUUUGGUCACAAUGUUUGUAAUGCAAGAUGUAAUUAGUUUAUAGAGUAUGGGUAACCAUGUUAUUGGCCGAUAUUUAGCCGGAUCUUGAGUAUUUUGGCAGUCCUUGAAUAAGAGAGACGAGGACGCUGGUGGAGGCACGAGAAUUGCCGAAGUAGACAGUCGGCGAGCCUCGGUGGCGGUGUUCGGGUCACGUCGGCUCGCGCAGAUCGGGACAGUGGCGGGGGUGCGCGGACGACGGCCACCGCUGCGGGCAACGUGGCGGCGACGUAGGGCGACGCCACCGACGCCGACACCUACGGGAUGCACGCCAAUUUGGGUGCCGACAGAAAUUCGUGGAGGCUGCCUCCGGACGAGACUCUACAGGUGGCAGACCCCAAGGCCAAGAAGGCCGAGGUAGGUGACGAGGAGGAGCUAGCACUGCAUGAUGACGAAGGCCAUAACUGGUGGUCAAUAAUAUUCUCCUUAUUGGUGAUCGGCCUAGUGAUAUCGGGAAUAGUUGCGGCCAUAUUCCUAGUAGGUUACGUGGAUGAGCUUUUAUAUUGGCAAGGAGAGAGAAUGAAGUUAGAACAGUAUUUACAGGGCGAAUUGACUCCGAAACGUCUUCCUUCUUCCUGGAUAUCUUCCAAUCAUUUCGUGUUCCAGUCGGACGAUGGCAGUCUGGCCGUUUUAGAUACGAAUAAAAAUUUUACAGUGUCCAUCUUAGUUACGAAUAAUACACUGAGGCAAUUAAACGUCAAAGGAUACCAGUGUUCGAAAAAUCUAAAUUACGUACUCUUUCAGCACAACGUUAAAGUGGUUUACAGACAAUCUUUCACCGCCCUCUAUACUGUUUACGCCGUGGAAAAAGAUCAUAACAUUCCGGUACGAUUGGAAUUUUCUCCAAAAGCCCAACCGGAACGUGUCCAGUACGUCAGUUGGCUGGGAGACACCACUUCACUCCUCAUAGUCUUUAACAACGAUAUCUACUACAAGGCCUCCCCAGAAGACGAGACUGAUACUAGAUUAACAUUUACCGGACAACCGGAAGUAGUGUACAACGGCAUCUCGGACUGGCUCUAUCAAGAGAACAUCUUCCAAAGCCAGGAGGCCCUCUGGACCUCCUACGACGGCACCCACCUCCUCUACGCCACCUUCAACGACACCGAGGUGGGCAUCUUCAAUUUUCCUUGGUUCCAAACUGGUGCCGUCUUAACGGCUGGAAAAGACUCCGUCAGGCCGAUGUCCUUUCCCGAUUCGAAAACUGUUCGAUAUCCCACUCCUGGUACUCCUAUACCCCAAGUGGAACUGUGGGUGGUGGACCUGACAAACUUGACCAGUUUGGAAUACCAUCAAGUAUUACCGCCGAAGGCCUUAACGGGACAGGAUUACUACAUGACGUCGGCGGGUUGGAUCGGUCAAAAGAAUACGCAAGUGGCGGUGGUGUGGGUGAACCGCGCACAGAAUUUGAGCAUCGUGUCCGCUUGUCUAGCCCCGAACUGGACGUGCAUUGAGAGCCACUCGGAACGCGCCCUGGAACGUGCCUGGCUGGAGGUCCAAGAGCAUCCGAUUUUCUCACCCGACGGUGACAGUUUCCUCAUGUUGGCCCACGUGCAGGAGGGCAGCAGGGAAACUUACACGCACAUCAAACACAUCACCGUCACUCAGCAGCACAUCGCCGUCCUCAGCCAUGGUCCUCACGAGGUCAGCAAAAUACUCGCCUGGGACACCAGCAGCCAUUACAUUUGGUAUUUGGCCACUGAGCAGCAUAAACCUGGCCAGAAACACCUGUACGUGUCUCAAGACCCCACUACGAAUGACCCCCGUAGAUUAGAGUCUUCCUGUAUAACUUGUGAUUUGGGCGACGUGUUGUGGAGCAGUCGGUUUUUGUAUGGGAAUUGUACACACUUUAAUGCCCUGGUGAGCCCUCCAAACGGCAACUACCAGGACCCCUUCUACGUCCUCCAAUGCGAAGGUCCAGGUCUCCCGUUGGCCGGACUUCACAACUCCACCAGUCACAAACUGUUGAAAAUCCUAUACGACACCCGCGAAUCCCAUGCCGGAGCUUUUCUACAAAAGUUAGCUCUGCCCAAGAGACGCUCCUUCGAGGUGCCGUUGCCUCAAGGCAGUUUGGCUCAAGUGCAAUUGCUUCUGCCCCCGUCCUGGAGGGAGGAGCUACGUGAUGCCGCAUAUCCAGUAGUUGUUGAAGUUAACGGUAGGCCUGGCAGUAAAGCGGUCACCGAGGAGUUCGUUGUAGACUGGGCCACUUUCAUGUCGAGCCAUUGUGAUGUAGUUUAUGUUAAAUUAGACGUUAGGGGUUCCAAAGGGCAAUCGAAUAGGGCCCUGUAUCGGCAACUAGGAGGCGUAGAGGUGCAAGAUCAACUAUCGGUAAUCGAGUAUCUGCUAAACAAGGACCAUAAAUACCACAAAUACCUUGACAAGACCAGGAUAGGUAUAUGGGGUUGGGGCUACGGAGGCUACGUAACCUCCAUGGUGUUGGGGCUAGGAAAUCAGCAAAAGGUUUUUAAGUGUGGUAUAGCAGUGAAUCCUAUAACAGACUGGUUGUAUUAUAAUGCGGCAUUUACGGAACGGAUUUUAGGCCUACCGACGGAAAACUAUAAAGGAUACGUGGAGGCUGACGCAACACAGCGUGCCAAAAACAUUCCUAGGAAAUCGUUCUUUUUACUUCACGGUAUGGCGGAUCUGACCGCCCCUUAUCAACACAGUGUGCUUCUAUCGAGGGCUCUGGCCCAGAACGGGGUACUUUUUAGAUAUCAGAGUUACCCGGACGAAGGGCAUGAACUGACGGGAGUCCUGGAGCACGUCUACACUUCCAUGCAGACUUUCUUCGAAGAGUGCCUUAAGUUGGACACGGAGGAAAGGGAACCGCCGGAAUCGGAGGACACCUGAAACUGGCUGAGGCACCUGCUGCCCUACCACAGUCACGUAACCGCUUUCCGGAAAUUAUUGCGGAAUAAGUCGAGUGAAAGUGAGGAGUUUUAUGAUUUACACUGACACGGACAGGGGAGAGAAGUGUUGCUUAAUUAGUAAGGGGUCGGUUGAGGUAUUGCAAUUACGUCCAGGAAACUAUUGACAAAUGAAUCGUGUUAGUUAGAUUGAAGUUGCAGCGUCAGUUUGGAUUCUCGGAGUUGUUUUUGUCACGGUUUCUUACAUAGUACUUUUGAAAGCGUUUAUUUUAAGUUGAGCUAUCAGUUUCACCGCCCGUUUUUUUAACUUUUUUAUUAAUUUUUUAAGUUCUACGAAUUUUAUUGCUACAUUUUGAGUUUCUGGAUUGGAUUUCCCUGACUUGAAAUUUUAAGGAAAAAAUUACUUUUAAAAACCCAUUUUAGAAAAUUCUUAAUCUUUUGUAAUUCAUCUUGGGAUUUUUCAUUAAUUUUCCUUCAAUUUUUCGAAUUUCCUUGGGUUUCCUUUAACUUUUCUACUAUUGUAAAAUUGAAAACUAUAUGUGUAGAAAUUUCUAAAAAAUUAAAGGAAAUUCUCACGUUCUUUAAGGUUUACUGAGGUUUUUAAAAAAGGUUUUCCCUCAUUAUACACGUCUGACUUUGGGUGCAGAAAUAAACUGGCAAUAACAAAUCACACACCUCUUGACAACAUCGCAAUUAUUAUUAUCCUUGCUACGCAUCUAUAGUGGCCUAGUGAAUCCUAUUGGCUCGAACUUAAAUGUGGGCGGGGUGAUGCCCAAAGCAACGUUGCCAAGAGUAACGAAAUUGCCUUAAGUUUCAAAAAAAUCUAUAUUGCAAUAUAGCAACCCCUUUUACCCUACACCUUUUUUUUUUAAUUAAAUUGUAUCCAACAUAAACUCCUCAUUAAGCAAUUUUUUUUUAUAAAUAAAUUUAAACCAUAUUAGAAUACUUAUAUACUGGAGCACCGGUGCCUUGUAUACUAGAGAUUAUAAUAUAACCGCAAAUCAAAUGGUGUAAAUAUGCAAAAAUAAACGACAAGGAAAAGACAAAACGAUAAAAGUGAAAACGAAUGACAAAAAGUGUUUAUGGUGUAAAAGUUGUGAUAGGAAUUUAAACACUUUUAAGGAAUAUUAGGGACAGUCCGCGCUUUUUAAUCAAAUUAAUUGUGAUUGUUUUUACGCCACCUGUCAAGGCAUCUGAUGGCACUAUAUAAUUUAUUUAUUUUUUUAUAUAAAAAUCAUAUACAAUCAAAAUUUACGCCUUAUAUAAUACUUAUAUACAGGGUACAGUUUCUUAAAAAUCAAAAACGACUUUUUAUGGUGCCUUGGCGGGUGUAAAAGGGUUAAUUCUGAUUUUGUAAAUUAAUUGUAAAAACUACAUACAUAUAGACGUUUUAGACUUGUUGUAUUUCUAGGGCGUUUUGUAAAAUAGACACAUAAUAUAUGAAAAUUGUUAUAUCUCUUAAAUCUUUGUUAAAUAUUAUGCGGGUUAGAUGAGAAAAUGUCAAUUAUUGAUUAUCAUUGUAGAGGGUUAAGUCAAUUUUACUUAUUAUCUCUGAUAUAACACGUUUUAGUCGUAAGGCUCGUUCUGUACAUAAUAUAACAGUUUAGGAAAUGUUUAUUAAUUUUUUAUAUUGUGUGCAAGUAUUACGACCGAUUUAGGUCACUAUAUAUACAGCCAUCUUGUUUAGUUAUUUGUUUUUUCCAAGAUGGUGGCCAUUUUGACAGAAAAUUGUGUUUUCUAGAUAUCAUUAUUGUAUGAUAUAACCUUGAAUGGCUUAACCAUAUCUCUCAUUAAAAAAAAAACACAUUUUCUUAUAAAAGGAACACAAUUCAAUAUAAUUGUAUAUAAGUCUCGCUAUAAGUUUACCUGUCUAGCACAUUGUACUCGAAGGGUGUAUUCACAUCCAAAAUGACCGCUUACUUUUGACACUAUGCACUAUGGCUGUGCCAAAAAGGAUCAAAUGUGCGACAGGUCUAAUCUUUUUUAGGAAAAAAUAUAAGAGACGGCAACACCGGGAUCGGUUUAUGUCCUUAGCGGCUCGUCAAAAUUAAUGAAAGUCCUCCCAAUUAACCGCUGACAGAUUCGAUACAAUGUUGCCAGAAUUUUCAAGUAAAUUAUAGUGACCUAAAACGGAACCGAAGUAUCAAAAAAAAAAAAAAAGGAACAUUUUGUGACACUCACACGAAAUCAAUAAACUUAAGGUUGUGACAGUAAACGGCGCGCAUUAAUUAUAAGCGUUUUAAUCCGCUUCGAGAUUUUUGGUAUUUAAAGGAUGCCUGCCUUGAAAUGCCAAAAAUAUCAAUCUCUUAAUUAAACUGAUGUUCAUAGAAGAAGAAAACAUAUUAACGCUACGCUACUAUAAUCGCAGAACAGACAAUCUGAUUCUUAUAAGUGUUAAUCAACCCUCUCGAUUCACCCCCGGAUGGGGGGGUUAAUCCGGAGAAACAUUUAAAAUAAGACGUAAUAUGCAAAAAAGCUUUUUUUACUAUUAUAGUUAUGACUAUAGCUAGACUAUAACUGAUAAGUGUUUUUCAACAAUAUCUUUUGUGAGAGCAAGUCUUCCUGAAUUCGUAUUGUAGAUGUGAAUUUCCCUUGUGUAAUACGACGUUAUUUAGAACUUUUAUUAUUUUUUAUUGUUACUAAGAAUUUUAAUUUACGUCUCCUGAAAGUAAUUUUUGCUAUAAAUAAAUUAUCUAAGCCUAUUAAUUGUUGUAUAUCAUCCAUGUUAAGUAAUAAUAAAAUUCAGAACACCAAUUAAAGAUAAAGAUGUAACUAUUAAGGUUUCAGCUACGUUAGAUUAUAAUAUGAGAUGUUAAAUGUUUUCGUUUUUGUAAUAUCUAUUAAAUAUGGAAUAAACGAAUGAAGUUUA